UUGUUAUCGAAUUGUGUGGUGCAAAAUUUCUUUAUUUUGAAAAAAACUUUUCUCUGUCUGAUUGUCGUUGGAAUUGAUAAUUUUUUUUGACUCAAUAAUUGAUACUUAUUGGCCGAAGUUGUUUUUUCGCUUAGUAUUUUCCCCAGUUUUUCUGUAAUAUAUUGUGUUUGCCCUAUAAAUGGAGAAGUUUACCGAACAUCGUAGGUCGGAAGUUAUGCCUUAUCGUUAUUGUGGAUUCUGUUUAAAUGGCAAAAAUAUUUUAAACAGUGGACAUCGCAGAUCUAAGGAUCAUCAGAAAAAGUUGAAACAAGGCUUUCUUAUGUUUCGUCGUCAGAUUAGAAAUUUGAAAUCAGAGCCAGUGAAGGUUCAUGAUGAACAGUGGGAGAAAAGAAAUGAAUUUGAACGUUGCAAUUUUUGUCAAUGCAAAGUGCUAAAGCAUCAGGCUCAUGAAACAUUCAUUAUUGAGUCGUUGAACUUUCUUUCACACCUUGCUGGAAAUCAGCAUGCAAUUGCAGUAAAAAAAUUUCUAAAGGAUAAUAUGAGGAAAGAAAAUUUUGUAGAAUUUUGCAUCAAGAAGGAAGAAUUAAAUAGCUUUAUGGACAAAAUUCCUGCUGCGGAAUCUGAUUACUUGAAAAAAAUGGAUAAUUUGCACAAAAAGCAUGUUAGACAAAUAAAAGAAGCAGAAAUGAAAAGACAGAAACUCAUGGAAGAGUCUGUCCAGACUUCUGUGCUUGGAGAUAAAUGCCUAACUGAGGAAGAUAAUAGUCAGAUUCCCUUGACAAAAUGUUCAGGUAUUUUAAAGCCAAAUAAAAACACUGAACAUGCAAUAGACAAAAUUCCACCUUGGCUACAGGGGAGACCUGAUACCGAAGAAAUGCCAUCGUGUUCAACUGUUAUUGGACCCACAAUGGAUACUUACUUGAAACAUGUUUCAGAUCAAAAGAAGAAAACGUUACCUGCAAAUCGCAUUGGAGCAAAAUUCAAGCAUGAUGUCAAAAGGUCUUCCAGGUGGUUACCUUUUUUUGGUGGCGUUUGGAACCAAGGAAGGCAUAACCGAUAUAAGAAACAUAAUCAAUAACAGUUGCAUCUUUUUGAAGAGGUGUUUUGUAGGUAUGAUGAAUUAUUUUGUACUGUAUAGGACUAAUAUUGUAAAUGUAUAGAGUUAUGGACCACGAAGCAGAGAGAAGAGAAACUGAAAUUGCAGGCUGAUUUUAUUCUCAUCUUCCAUUUGUAAAUAGCCCAUGAAAGAUCAUUAUUAUGUAUUAAAAUUGAAAGCUUUUAUGUAGAGUAUAAGAAAUUAAAUUUUAUGAUUAUUUUAUGUCCACUGCGAAAAAAAAAGGGAGGACAGUUCUAUAUCUCCCGUUCUACUAGGCCGAUGACAGAAUUCAGAUUGCGUUUUCCAUGUCUUGAGAGUGCGACUUAAUUAAAGUGUGACGUCACUGAGCGCAGUGAACUGGAAAUUGAUCUGUCAGCACUAUACUUAUCUUCAAGGCAGAUGUUUUUAUUUUAUUCGGCUAAUAAUUCCUUACUUAAUGUAGUAUUUCAUCUCGAUGUACUCCCUCUUUGAUAUGAUUUAAA